GGCAAACUUCUGGAACUCUCAGUACCGUAAUUUGAACCCUCGGAAAAACGGCGUGUGAUAAAGAACGUUUUAGCCGUUGGUGUCGCCUUCAUGGUGCACUUCACUGCAUUCCACGGAGCUGCCAAUUUGCAGAGCAGUGUCAAUGCAAAACACUCAGGAACCUACACUUUGGCUGCGAUUUAUGGAUCUCUAAUAUUUAGUAAUCUGUUUCUACCAGUGCUGGUCAUAAGAUGGCUUGGCUGCAAAUGGGCAAUGUGCGUGUCCCUGAUCGCAUACAUGCCCUUCAUAUGCGCCCAAUUUUUCCCAAGUGUCGGCUCCUUGCUACCAGCUGGUGCCUUGGUCGGUUUGGGAGGCGGCCCAUUGUGGUGCGCCAAAUGCACUUAUCUCACAGUUGCGGCUGCCCAUUUUGCAAAGUAUAAUGGAGGAAAGGCUGAAGUAAUCGUGGUGAGAUUCUUUGGCAUAUUCUUCAUGUUUUACCAAAUGGCGCAAGUUUGGGGAAAUUUGGUGUCAUCUGCAGUUCUGACAUCAAUUGGUGACGCAGUCCCUGAUUUGAAUACUACAUACGCUGAAAAUUUUGAUGACAAUAUCACGCAGAAAAUAGCUGAUUCUUGUGGAGCUAAUUUUUAUCCAGGAACUACGGAAGCAGAAGUAAAUCCAAACCUCCAACCCCCAGAAGAAAGCAAAAUUCAUUUGAUAGCUGGCAUUUAUCUAUCUUUUAUGGUUUUAGCUUGUUUGAUAAUAGCAGUUUUUGUGGAUCCGCUAUCCAGAUAUGACAAAGGAAGGCAAGGAAGCGGCUCCGGUUUGUCCGGGUUUAAAUUACUGGCAGUUACUGUAAAACAACUUGGAAACAGAUAUCAAAUUUUAUUAUUGCCAAUAACUAUGUUCAUAGGAGCCGAGCAAGCAUUUAUUGCUGCGGAUUACAACGCCUCUUUCGUAGCCUGCGCUUGGGGAAUAGGAAACAUUGGCUUCGUCAUGAUUUGCUUCGGAGUAGCAAACGCAAUUGCUGCGAUGGUCACAGGAUCCAUUGUCAAAAUUACUGGACGAUUUCCAGUUAUGGUCGCUGCAUUUAUACUUCACGGUUGUCUGAUGGUGUGGAUGCAGAUAUGGAGACCUGGUCCACAUCAGCCCUACAUGUUUUGUUUGGUAGCUGCUUUGUGGGGUGUUGCUGAUGCUGUGUGGCUUGUCCAAAUUAAUUGUCUGAGCGGCGUUUUAUUCCCUGGCCGUGAAGAAGCUUCAUACAGUAAUUUCCGUCUUUGGGAAUCCACAGGAUCGGUGAUAGCCUUCAUUUGCAGUCCAUUAUUUGGCGUUUCCGCAAAAUUAAGGGCACUUAUUUGUUUGAUGACCCUUGGGGCAGGUUGUUAUACUGCUAUAGAAAUUAUGGAAAGAACCGCCGAACGAAGAGCCAGACCGACACAUAAAGAUUUCAAACCGGUUGCUAGAGAAGAUAAUCAUCAAUAA